UCCCAUUGUUCAAGGAGACCCAAAGUGAAGAAUAUGAAAAAGAAAGCCUAAACGGCUAAAACCCUCUCUGCUGGCUGCCUCAAUCUCCACCCCAUUAUCGAGGUCUAUCCAAGUAUUUAAACCACCUUAACCCAAAACCUAAAUCACAACGAAACCAUCUCUCACCCACGUACUCAUCCUCACUCUUUUCUUUCAUUUCUGAGCUUGCUAGCUAUCUCAAGGUUUCUCUUACCUCACAAGGAUAUUUAGAGAAGAAGAUGAGCAGACCAGGAGACUGGAAUUGCAGGUCAUGCCAGCACCUCAACUUCCAGAGGAGAGACUCAUGCCAGCGUUGCGGGGAGCCGAGGCCUGGGGAUAGGGGUGAGCAUUAUGGAAGUUUUGGAGGGCGGGGUGGCUCGUCUUUUGGAUUUACGGGGCCUGAUGUUAGGCCUGGUGACUGGUAUUGCACGUUUGGCAACUGUGGAGCUCAUAACUUUGCUAGCCGUUCCAGCUGCUUCAAGUGUGGUGCAUCCAAGGACGAAUCUUCUGCUGGAUUUGACGGUGACAUGUCGCGGAUGAGAGGUUAUGGAUUUGGCGGCGGCGGCAGCACUAGUCGCUCGGGAUGGAAAUCUGGAGACUGGAUUUGCACCAGGCCUGGCUGCAACGAGCACAACUUUGCUAGUAGGACUGAAUGCUACAGAUGCAGUGCACCAAGGGAUUUAUCUGCUAGCAAGUCUUCAUAUUAAUCAUAAAUUAAUUUCAAUUUCUGGGCACUGCAGUAUUAUACUAUUCCAAGAAGAAAAUCAAGAAAGUUAUGUUGCUGCUAAGUACACCCCAGAUCGCUCUUUAAUUUUUGCCUACCUCUAUUUUGGUUAUUUAUUUCGGAUAUUUUCUCUUGGGAGAGCUUUAGAAGGAUCAUGGUUGGAGACUUAAUUAAAAAAAAAAAAUUUGAAGUAUGAGGGCUGAGAAAGAGAGCUACAAGGAUCAUUUAGCAAUUGUGAGCCUUCUUAAUUAUAUAAUUAAGUUAUAUAUCUCUCUAGUAUGGAGGAUCAGUUUGUGUUUGAGACAAUAUCUAGUGAUCUUUUGGUUAUCCAGUUGAAAGUAUGGCUUGUUAUUUAUUUAA